AACGAAUGUGAGUCUGGAAUAAGUUAAACCUUACCGCUGUUAGAUAGUAUUGUCAUCGCCUUCCUACCCACCACUCUAGCAUCACUGUGGUUCAUUCCCUUUUUAUUCCUACAUCAACUGUUGAGUCAUGGCGAAAAAAUUCUUCAUACCUGCUGUGGCACCAAGGCGUGACGCCGUCCACCUUGGAAGCAUUGUCCCCAAUAUUCGCCAGCCGCAUCAAGAUGCAUUCUCCAGCACCAAAUUCCCAGUCAAAAUAGGAGGGCCAGAUAUUCUUCUGCAAGAGCAAGACAGCCUUGGCCGACUGUUUCUCACCAGCAACAACUCAUCAAUCUCAGCCCAACUUACAAACCUCCUUUCAGCAUCAUACGAAGGCCAGAAUGUCAACAUGAACAUGCUUUCCAAGUGCAUGACCAAACUUUACGAACUCUCACAACCAAAGGCUCUAUUCAACCGCAUCUGUAGCGGCGAUGACGACGCAAAGGAAUGGUUUCAAAAUGAGAUCGAGAACGGCACCAAAGCUCUCUACUUUAUCACUGCCUAUUACACGGUUGUAGAUGCCACAAUUGGCAGAGUUAAUCAAGAAUCCCGAAUGGAGAGCUUUGACGCUAAGAUCCCCGUAAACGACAUUGUGACUGCGACUACAGGUGUCGCAGUCCCUGGCAUCGACUUGGACGCCGGCAUUAGCGCAAAACAUGGUCGCGGUGGUCUAGAUACCGAGAUUAUCAAAGCACCAGGAGAACGAAUAUUUGCAUUUUGUUAUCGGAAGAUCACCUUCAAAUUCUUCUUACGCAGGGACAUCAAACAUGCUAGAAUGCAAUCGGAUAAUUGUUGGGUAAUGGCUUCAGAAAAUAGAGGCGAGGAUGAUGAAGACGAGGUGGUUGAGGCUAAUCUUGAUGAUGAGGUUGACGAGAACGAUGAAGACGAAGAAAUUGCGCCCGGUGAAGUUUUUUCUGUGUGAAUAUGGCUAAAUCUUAUCUUGUCCUCCCAUUAUCCUCAGUUAGUGUGCCCCUUUAAUGGCCUUUUAUAGAGAACAACUAGCUACAUGCCAAUGUGAAUGAAUGGUGCCCACGCGAUAACAUCAUC